CCGAGAGAGAGGGGAUCCCGGGAGAAGAAAAAGGAAGAAAGAAGAAGAAGGAGGAGGAGAACCACCACCGGGUUCCACCAUUGCCUCCGCUACUCACCUCCAUUUAUUUUAAAUCCUAGCUAAAACUCUAAGGACCAAGCCGCUCGUCGUCAAUCUCUUAGAGGCUUCAAGGACAAGUUUUUGCAUCAAAGUUAUCAAGUAUAUAGUCACACCCACAGUACAAAAAGAGCACCUUCUCUCAGUUCCUCCUCAUUGCAAAAGUGAUCUAAGUCAAGCUAGCCCUCUGAAGGACAGAUAAAGCAUGACGUUACUCGGUUGGAUGCAUCGCAAAUUCCGUUCUACUGAACCAUUUAAAGAUGUUUCCAUAGGCCAGCCAUCAGUGGAUGAGCAACAGUACUACCCCAAGUCCAACUGUGGUACGAAGCCCUUUGGCAAAGCACAGAGAGACAACUAUCUUCGAUACUCAUUUGCAAGCUUGGAUGCAGCUAGAGCAGAAGAAAAUUACUACGAAGAAGAGUCAUCACGUGCAAUUUCCGAGCUCUUCCAUGGCUUUCUUACCAUUGGCACUCUGGGGUCAGACCCAGUCAACACUCACCCAUCAACACCAACAUUUUCCAUCUCUGUUGAGAACAUAACUGAAAAAGAAACACACGUAACAGAAAAUGAUCUGAAGCUGAUUAAUGAUGAGUUGGAUAAGGUGCUAGGAGCUGAAGAUGGUUACAAUGACUCAUCUGGGAGAAACAGCCUUGUUAGCACAGGGAGAAGCAGCCAUUGUAGCACCAUUACACUGAGUGGCAAGCCAUUUGAAGGUACAGAGACUAGUGGGAAUGGUGCAACAACCUGUCCACUCCAGGGUUAUCUAUUCGGGUCAGCAAUUGAGUUACCAGAAACAAUGGUUGUAAAGAAGGAACACAGAACAUCACUAGGGGAAUUGUUUCAGAGGACAAAAGUAGCAGAGGAAAAUUCUACUUCGAAAUUGGAAAGGGGAGAAAAGAGGGUAGACAAGGAAACAGAUAAAUCUGCCAUAAAUCUUAUGAAAAAGAUGCUGAAGAAAAAAUUGGUACAUGCUUCGUCUCGGACAUCCACAGCUAUGAUGGGGGGAAAUGUUGACUCUUCUUCAGCAGAAACAAAGCUACAUAAGAUCCUCCACAUGUUCCACAAGAAAGUCUAUCCUGAGAGCUCAACUACUGUACCGCAUAAUAAACUAGAUAAGCCACAUAAAAAUGAAAUCAAGGAUACAAAUGAGGGCUGCAGGCACAAUAUUAAUAAUGCAGAUGGUAUGCUCCCAGAUGAAGAUAUUAUCAUAUAUCCACAGCGAUCCCUCUCAAAAAUUUCAAAAGAGAGCAUGCGUUGCUUUAGGAGCCACUCAAACCCACCUCAAAUCGCAAUCAGUACUGGAAGUGGUUCAACUGGGAACAGAGAAUGUUGGAUCAAAACUGAUGCAAACUAUUUGGUGUUGGAGCUCUAGAAGAAAUUAAGAAGCAAUUAAUAUUCUUAAAGUGUGCUUAAUUAAAGAUAAUUUGGCAUUAAACAGUAAGUUGUGUGUUUCGUACUACAGUAAUAUGGUUGCAAAGGACAAAAGAAUAAAAGAGGCGACCCUCUUAAUCCCCCGAGUAAUAAUCUACAUUGUCAUCAAGGUUAUCCAUGUAAUUUAAACUAUUUUAGAGUGUAAUGUUCGACAGGUUGGCAUAAUUUUCAUGAUUUCCACAUGAAUAGUAGUUGUUCCUUAUCUAAGAAGAUGAAAAUUCUAAGAGGAAGAUCACAAGCUACAAUAAAAUCUUCCCUAAUCUAGUCAGUGACCGGCGCAGGGUUGUCCCACAUUUCACUGUGGUCCCUGUGUUACGAAUCCUUAAUCCAUUGUCAUGUGCAGGGGAGUUUAGAGAUUGAACCACGUAAUUAAGUUGAUCAUAACCUUAAAAACAAUUAUCUGAGCCUUAACAGCCUAACCUAUCCACUCCUUGGCAGUUAGUUUUCACUUUUAAGAUGGAUGCUUUAGCAUGUGGUCUCUUCUUGACAAGCAAGUUAAUUUUGUCAUUCUCAGAAAAAAAAUCUGGAUUAAGUCAUGGAUUGCUUCUACCCUAUCCAUUGCUUCUAAGUCAAUGCAUUAAAUUCAUCAAGUGUCUAUCAAGCUUAUCCUUGGUGUAAAAUCAAGAAUAAAAUAGUACAAAGCUAUUAGCAAAUUAAUUAAAAAAAUAGAUAGAUCUAAUACUGUAAAAUUAUCAAAGGAACAUAAUCUCACCUUGGCAAUGUAACCAUCUAUUUACUUGUGUUGUAAUCUCAACAAGCUUCGAGAUCUUGAGUCCCCCUUAUGCCUAAUGUGUUAAAGUUCAAGAGUCAAGUGGAAUCAAGUCUCUAAGCUCAAGGUCUUCCUAGUUUGAGCCCUAAAUGCAACGUGGAUGGUUGCAGCUAUAUUCACAAGUGUAUAAAACAGAGAGUUGCAUGGUGUUUAUCCAAAAAAUAAAGAAAGUUGCAUGAUAGUCUUGCACUUCGAAGCAAGUGUAGUAGUAGCCAAGUGAUAGGCACCAUGUACUCUCAUGAAUUUGAUAGGAGUUCAAACCUUACUAAACUACAACUAAAACUAACUAUCAUCAAGAAAAAAACACCUUGCGUUUAUAGGAAAAAGUAAACGAAGCGUCUCGAUCACAGUAGCAAGACAAUCAACCCAACUCUUCAACCAACUGGGGCUAGCUUAAUUGGCCGAGACUCUUGCAUUUCAUUAGAAGGUCAGGAGUUCCAGUCUCCUCACCUGCGUGUGGGUUCCUCCUUUAGAUGGUUUUUCCUUUCUUUUUCUUUGUUUCUACCCUACAAUGGGCUUAUUUCGUAUUGGUUUAGUUGUUGGGCUUGGUUAUCUCGUGGACUCUCACAAUUAAUGUAAUGUCCCGGGUUUGUACUAUGCACUUCAUAUCUGAUGUAAAAUGAUCUCUUCUAUAAAAAAUAAAAUAAAUAAAUAAAUAACCCAACUCUUCCAAAGGUUUCACCAAUUAUCUAGAUUGUGCGUACCAUUUUCCAUUUUCAUUGCUACCAAUGAUUACAGCAAAGCAUACCAAUCAAGAGUCAGUGAUAUGAUUUACGAAUAUAUAAAAAACAAAGUGCUAACCAAAUAACGACGUACAGAAUGAGGCGCUUCAAUCUUCAAAAAAAAAUAAAGAUUGAUUCUACGGAGUAGCUAGCCACCACCAAGUAAAAUUACGAAAAGAAAACAGCCAAUUAUAUAUCAUGCCGUUGUCAUCAUCUCAACUACUAUAUCGAUUAAAAUCCAAAUUGACGCAUCAUUGCUUUGAAUUGAUAUGACAAUGUAACAAAUGGUUUAGCAGGCUAUCAACCAUAAUUAAUACUAGAUAGAAUUUAGCCAAAUUGUUCAUGUGUCGACCAUCACAAUUAUAUUAGAUCUAGCUAAUUGAAGCCUUUAUUUAACCUAGAAUGGAGAAGAUAAUUAAGAAAUCCCAAUUAUCCAAACGAGCCUGCUCCAAAUUUUUCUAGGCAUUAGACUUAAUUGCCUGGUGAAUCAUCACGCAAACGAGGCUAGUGAUCGAAGGCUUGAGAACUCUAUGUCGCAAUGAUCGCAUUUCUAUCAUAUAUCUAUCCAUCACUUGUUUUGCCUGAUUGUCAACAGUCUUAAUUAUCAUAUUCUUAUCGGAGAAUCAGAAAGUACUGUAUGCUAUUUUUAUACUAGUAAAAAAACACUAGCGCUCAAGGCACCCGACCACAUCGCAUGUGCAUUUCUUUUUUAUCUGCAAUGCGUGUGCAGUACAGAUCCCCAUAGGUUUUUUAAAGCCCUACGUACGUCGUUUUGUUGGAAAAACAAACACGAAAAACCAUAGCAGAACACCCAAAUGGACAUGUCUUUUUCACCAUUUUAGAAUACAUAUGUAAAUCAUAAAGUUCUAGAAAUUAUAACGGAAAAAAAAAAAAAAUGUGAGUAAGUGAUCUUAGAGGAGUGAAAUCAGAGAAGAGAAACCAAUCUUGUACUCCGUAGUUAGAAUAAUAUCUUUCCCCCAUCCGAUGUCGCUUCUAAAAUUGAUAGAAACUUUUUACCGUGUAAAGUCAGAAAUUGCAGGCAACAAGAUGGGUUGAGAGCUUCUCUCUCUAGUAAUAGAGAGAGAAUGCACUCCCCUUGUUUUCUUCUUCCGAUUUUUGCAAAAAAUCACCAAACCUUGUUUGGGUUAUCUCUCUAUAAUCAGGAUGGAGCAUGGGCUAUCACCACAGAGGCAUUCACUAUCGCCGCCGACUCCUGUUUAUCGGUCUGCGACGGCGACGCAGCCAACGAGAUCGCGGGCGUUUUUUCACCGCACGAUUUCCAUCAUCAACGUGUACUCGUUGAUCGGAUUCCGAUCGGCCGCUGCAGUUGGAGGUCAAGACGAUGACGGCACUCGCUGCAGUUGCGUGAGAAGCCGGUGUCGGCAGAGUACGCCGGCAACUUGACCAGGAUUGCCGAUGGCGUUGUCGAGUUCGGGUUGAUUCCGGGGGAGGAUCUGCUCGUGUGGACAGUACGGGUUCAAGAUGAAGAGAUUAAUUCGGAGGUCUCGUGUGGGAUUUCGGUUAAUCUCUUAAUAAUCAAUUCCUAAUGGAGGUAUUCUCGCGCCGGAAAUUGGGGUUCAUCUGAAAACCACCGAUCAAUUUGAUUAGUGGAGUUUCAAAACUUCGGCCUGGUUUCGACGUAGUGCUUCACAUCUGUAAACAUUUGGAUAUUGUUUAAUCU